AUGAGAGAACAAGAACCAUCACGGACGAAAAUUGUCAAUCGUUCGCUUGUUGGUGAUGUUAAUAUUGUUCCAGCUGGAAGUGUUGGUGAUGGAUCAACAUCACGAUCAUCAUCAAAUAUUAUAGGAAAAUUCGGAAUUGAAAAUCGAGUGUAUUGGAAACAAAAUAUUCUAUUUAUUUUAUUGAUUUCUUUAUUUAUUAUUUUACUAGUUGGUAAUUCGCUAGUAGUGAAUGCACAAAUGCCACCCAAUAGAGUGAUUGAAACAGAUGAUGGAGUUUAUGAAGUUGGAGGUUCACAUCAAAAUGACAAUUCAGAAUUUCCAAUGCAACCUGAUCCUCUGCCUUCCGAAUCAGUGGAAGAGGGAGCCUUCUCUUCUGCCAUUCACUCUUAUAUUAAAGAGGUAGUUGAUUUUGUCAAUUAUUAUGAUUCGGAUAAGUGGUGGGAAGUUGUAGUGGUCGUCUUUACCAAUUCUUUUGCACUUCCUCUCAUGUACUUGUGCUAUAAAAUCAAUACACCACAUGCUGUAGUUAUUGCUAUAGGAACAUGUAUCACAAGUACAUUCUAUCAUACAGGAGAUACGUUACAAGUUUUAAUUUUUGGAAUGGAUCACGGAAGAUGGCAUAGAUUGGAUAAUAUUUUCAUUAUUCUUAGUUUGCAACAAUUAUUCUUCCAUUUGUGUUCUGUCUGUCCACCAAAUACUUUGUCAUGGGCUGACACUCCAAAUAGGAAACAAAAUAAUUAUGAGAAACAAAUAUUCUAUUCAUGGUGCUCUCCACAGGAAGCAGAAUAUGACAUGGCAACCAAUGGAGAAAGUGACAGUGACAUUGAACAAGAUCCAGAAAUGAAUUACAAACCAUCUGCACACAAAUCUAAAAGAGUCAAGGAUGAAGCAAGAAGAAUUCUCUAUAGAGAGAGUAAGCUUUAUGAAUGGAUGCAGUGGUUCUCCCUCUUUUUUGCUUUAAUUUGUCAAGAAAAGGCACCAUGGGUUGAGUUUUACACCUUUCUUCCAAUUAUUUUACCUGCAUCCAUUGUUCUCAUUAGAAGAGUUUUCUUUAUGGAUGCCUUCCUUAAGCCACGUUAUCACACGAAAUGGAUUGUGACAGGUUUAUUAUUCUUAAUGGCUGGUCUCUUUUGUUUCGUCAGAGGAUUGGACGAUAAGGCAGACUAUUUGAGAAUGUUCCAUGGAUCUUGGCACUUGUUUGGUAGUUUAGGUUUCUAUGCACUCUUCAAAUCCAAGAAACCAUUGGAUUUAGUAGAAUUCAGAAAGGGAGUACUCGACCACUUGAACAAACAAAAUAAGAAGAAGGUGAAAUAA